UUCACAUGGUGGAGCAGCUAUGGCCGUUAGAAAUAAUAGGCAAAAUAAUUCUAGCCGACAAGGCAGAAUGGAACACCAUUUUGAUCAAUCCUCCAACAGCUUGCAAAGUGGACAGCAAUCUAAUCAAGAUAGGCGUCGCAAAGGCUCUUCCAGAGGACGUCCUGAAUGCACCUAUUGUGGUGAUAUGGGGCACUUUGUUGAAACUUGCUACAAGUUGAUUGGUUAUCCACUAGGUCAUCCAAAGAAUAAAUCCAACCGUCCCAAGAAUGAUAGAAGCCAUGGUCGUUCUGCAAAUCAAGUCUCUGAUGGACAAACCAAAGAUGAAGAAGGAUUCUUGAAUUCUACUUUUACAGAAGCACAACUUCAGCAGCUUAUUAGCUUCUUGGGCACUAAAGACAAAGAAGGUGCUAAACCUCAAGCUAAUGCCGCAGUUGCCAAACCAGGAUCUGGCUACGAGGAAGAUGAUUGGUUUGGGUAAGCAGCGUGGUGGACUAUACUACUUGGUGGCGUUAGCGGCGAAGAAAUCCAUAACCAGUUCACCUUCAUCCUCACGCACUCAAUCAACCUGCAACCUCACCACAAAAUCUACCGAUCUAUGGCAUAACCGAUUAGGGCAUGUGUCUCCUUCUCGUUUGAGUUUUAUUGCCAAGAAUUUUCUCAAUAUUUCAGUUCAAUUCAAUAAUGCUUGCCAUGUUUGUCCUUUGGCUAAGCAGAGUCGUUUACCUUUUGGUUCCAGUUCAAUUUCAUCUGAAAAACCAUUUGAUAUUAUUCAUUGUGAUAUUUGGGGUCGUUAUAAGCACUCUUCAC